AUGUACGUUGUAUUUUCAGCCACCAGAUUGCGGGAGCUCAACCCCUACCUGCUUAGUCAUUGGUUCAUGCUGUGUAGUGGAAUUCCAAGUGAUGCUAUUGGGCGGCUGUUACAGCACAGCGAGAAAGAGACACAGAAGUGGAACAGCAAAGGGACAAGCAGGAAGAUUGCUCACCGAUCUGUGAACAUCUCGGCGCACGGGGAGAAGGAAGGAUCUCCAGGAAGGCCCUUCCACGGGAUCCAAGAGCGGUGCGGCCACCCCUUCCGAUCACACCGCUGCACGGCCGCUACCUGCGCUCCCAGGGCUGACCGGCCCGCUGCCAGGCGAUCCAUCAGUGGGCCAGGCCGGGACUCAGCAGCUCCCGUUCGGCACGAAGAGCCCGAGGCGGCUGGCAGCAAACGGCGACACGGGAGAGGAUCUCAGCCGUCACCCGGGCGGCGCUUCGCCCCGGGGACAGCGGGCAGCGCCUGCGGGAAACGCAGCCCGGUGCGGCUUCAGGCCGUGGAGCAGCGCAGGAAGCCGCGGGACGGAGCGGGGAACGAUCGCAGCGGAGAAACCCGGCGGAGCGAGCGACGCGCCGUGACGGCACCGCGCGCGAUGAUGACGUCACGUCCGGCCUGCAGCGGAAGCGGAGUGCGGACGGGCGGGGGGCGCUACGACAGGGCGCGAGUGGCGCAGCCGCAGCCGCAACAGCGUGAAGGUGCUGGGCGUGCAGAGGCCUCUUCUGCAGGGAGAAACGGGGUGAGCUGCCAGCAGCUUCCGUCGGUGCCCGGCGAGCGGCGAGCUGAAGUCGUGGGCAGUACCUGAAGGGAGCCUCCGUGAAAGCUGGGAUGGGGCUGUUUGAUAAGGGGAACUGCAGAGGAGAAUGGCGUUAAGAAAACAGUGGCACUACAGGUGCAGUGUGCAGUUCAGAGAGCAGCUCUGUGCAGUGAGAGCAGGGAGCGCCUGAAGCAAAACGGCCCAGACACAGAGAGCAGCUCAGAGCAGUGAUAGAGCCAUGGAAACACAGCGCUGGAGUGGAGCUACAGGAUCAUCCCAUCCAACCGUCCUCCUACCGCCGUUACCACCGCUGAGCUACUCAGCCUUAUCUUGUGGCACCUCGUCCACAAUGUCAGCGCUCUGUGGGCUGGUUCGGCCUGGUUCCGUGACUGGCGGGUGGGGGGAUCUGUGGAUCUGCACCCUGAGAAUGGAAAUGGGAAAAAGGAUAAAGAGAUGGGCUCUAAAACAGAACAGAAGCGACGGUCUGAAAGGAAACAAACGAAUUGACUAGAAAAGAUAUCGGAAUGCAAGAUAACGCGCUAUAAUACAACAUAAUACAAGAUCAUUAGAAUGUGAGCUAACAAAUCAAAUGCAAAGAGAGAGCAUCCAAAAGCCAAAGGCCUCACUCUCAUGCUGAGGCAGACGGGCAACAGAGGUGAGCCAGACGAUCAAAAGGGCCAUCAGGUGACCUCCCAAGGCCUUCUAUCUUUUCCCUCUGAGCAGAAAUGGUAACAGAACAGUGAACAGCACCCCAUGGCCAAGAGGACCCAGUGUCCGUGUUCACAUAUCCUCAUCCCUGACACCGAAGGGAUUCUGGUGCCUUUGGGUACAGAAUGCACACCCGUGGACAACGGACCCUCUGUCCAUGUCCCUGUAGUGUAGUGACAGAGCUCAGGGGGCUUUGGCAUCAAUGUCCCCCCCUUGGCCAAGAGGGACCCAAUGUCCACGUCGCCAUACCCGUGUCCCCUGUGCCAAGGCAACCUCGGUGUCACCCAUGGAGGACAGAAUGUGUCCAGGUGCCACGUCCCCAUGUCAUUGUUGCCAGGAGCCAAGGAGACCUCAGUUCCACUUUCUUUGGGGUACGGUAGGGACGCCCGGUGCGUCCUCAUCCCCAUGACAAAAGGACCCCGGUGUCCUGGUCCAGGUUUUCCUGUCCUCAGUGCUGAGGGGACCUCAGUGUCACCUUUGGGGUACCAGAAGGGUCCCCCACAUCUCUGUCCCUGAUGCCUAAGGGACACCACUGUCACCUCUGGGGUCCAAGUGUCCAUCUCCGUGUCUUUGUGGCACAGAAGGGUCCCCGAUAUCCCCGGUGCUGAGAGGACCUCAGUGUCACCAUGGGACUACAGAACAGGGUGAGGCGUUCAUAUCACCACCACGUUAUCCCAGUGCUAAAGGGACGUCCGUGUCACUUCCAGGGUACAGAAGGGCCCCCAUGCGUGUGUGCGCCAUGUCCGUGAAGCUGUGCCCAAGAGGAUCCCAUGUGCACGUCCCCAUGUCGUCAUCCCCAAUGCAAAAGGGAUUUGGGUGCCCUUUUUUGGGUACAGAAGGGACCCCUGUGCCCACGUCACUGCAGCCAAGGGCUCCUCCAGGUGUGCGCAUCCCCACGUCCCCAGCACAGAGGGGACCUCACCGUCACCUCCGGGGUACAGAAGGGCCCCCGACGGCA